AUGUCGUGGAAUCUGUGGAUGCUCUGCCUCUUUCUCUGCUUCUCUUGGGCCGAAGCUCGUAUUUGGGCCUGGAUGCUCAACAUGCCACACAGCCCUCCCAAAGAAGGAGCAAAGGCACUUAGAGAAAACAUUUCUCCAACCAAACCAAUCACGGCUGUGUGCGAUCAGGAUAGGGCCUGUGGGCGGGGCUUCUCCUGCGAUCGACACUUUGGUCUCUGCGUUCCUCUGCGAGGGGAGGGCCACUACUGUCGGAGGGACGCCCAGUGUGUCCGCGGACUCAGCUGCAUGUUUGGAAAGUGCCACCGCAGCAUCCCCAACGGACAAGAGGGUGCCAGAUGUAAAGUUGACAGAGAUUGCGGCGCGUCCAUGUGCUGCGCUCGUCACCAUGGCGAACAGGUGUGCAAAAGACGCCUGCUCCGUGGCGAGAGCUGCUAUGUUCCUGAUGGCGGCCUGGCGUUCAGCAUAAACCAGAUUUGUCCUUGUGAUGAAGGGCUGCUGUGUCGUGGAAACAGUGCGCCACACCUCAGAGAGUAA